AUGGUGGAUUACCUAAUGAAAAUUUUGAAUGAAGAUUCUGAUAGUGAAGAUAUUGAAGAUGAUCAGCAAUUUUCUGCAUAUGACGCAGAUUUGAGUGACGAAAAUUUAAAACAGGAAAAUCACAGCAGUGACUCUGAAAUAACUGCAUCAGAUUACGAAAUUACUGAAAAUAAUAGUGAUGAAAAUUGCACAAUGAAAAGCCAACAUACAAAUGUUGAGCAGCUCUGGGCUUUUGAUGGAACUGGAAUUCAAAUACUGAGAGCAGCUAUGAGUUAUAAGCGGUUUUUGUUUUUACUUCGCUGUAUUCGGUUCGAUGAUAUAGAUACUGGAGCUGAAAGGAGAAAAUCAGACAAAUUAGCUGCCAUCCGAUCCAUUUGGGAUUCAUUUGUUCAAAAUUGCUUGAAAUCUUAUAAUACAAGCGAAUUUGUAACAAUUCAUGAGAUGUUACAUCCUUUCAGGGGACGUUGCUCUUGUAUUCAAUACAUUCCGAAUAAGCCUGCUAAGUAUGGCAUCAAAAUAUUCGCAUUAUGUGAUUCUAAAACAUUUUAUUGUAGCAAUAUGGAAAUUUAUAUCGGAAAACAGCCGCCUGGACCUUUCGCAGUUGAGAAUAAACCAUUAGACAUUGUCAAGCGUCUAGUAAUGCCCAUUGAAAACUCUAAUAAAAAUCUUACCACUGACAACUGGUACACUAGUUUUCCACUAGUUGUUUACUUAUUAGAGAAGAAAAUUACUUUCAUCGGAACUGUAAAGAAAAAUAAAAAAGAAAUUCACGCAGAAUUUUUGCCCAGAAAACAUAGAAUUGUGGGUACUUCUAUCUUUGGUUUUCAGAAAAAUAAAACACUCGUUUCAUAUGUACCGAAGAAAAACAAAGCAGUAGUAUUAGUAUCUAGCCUUCACGAUAAAUCUGAAAUUGAUGGAGACAGUGGAAAACCUGAAGUAAUUCUUGAUUACAAUAUGACAAAAGGAGGUGUUGACACCUGCGAUAAAAUGUGUUCGGCUUAUUCUGUGUCUCAAAUAACAAGACGGUGGCCUCUUGUAUUAUUUUAUAUAAUGAUGAACAUUGCUGGUAUAAAUUCUACUGAACAAUGUUGA